AGCAGAAAUCUGGACCGGAAGAAACGAACGAUAGGAAGACCGUUCGCCAGGGAGCUGGGAAGGGAGGACUGAAGGCCCAGGGCAGUCGGGUAUCACCAACUGGAAGGCGCAUUGGGCAUUGUUGCCGCCCAGGGCAAGACGGAGAGGGAGAGGAGGAAGGGGGUCCCAGCCAAGGGGUCAGACCCGCAGAGCUCGAGGUACUGGUACCUCGGGUUCCUGACCGCCCCAAAGGGCAGCGCCCCGCUUGGGUGAACCCCAAUCAAUGGUUUUUGGCGGGCAGGCACCGUGGCAGUACCUGAACUUUUUGCUUUCGGCCGCCCCCCUGUGCUGCAGUUGCUCCGAGUGCCCGUUCUGUGCCAAAGCCCAAGCGUGAAACCGGUGCUCGUCUUUUUCCCAAGGGAGCUGCAUUUCGAAGCCGGUCCUCGCUUCACCCACUUUCCUUCCAUUCCCUUCCCUCCCUCGCUUGACUUGUUGCGACAUUCCCUCGCGAACGCGCGAUUGAGACUUCUCAAGAUGUCCGCGAAGAGCAUCCUCGAGGCCGAUGGCAAGGCCAUCAUCAACUACCACCUCACUCGGGCGCCAGUGAUCAAGCCCAGCCCGCUGCCGCCGCCGGCCACGCACAAUCCUCCUCCCAAGCUCGCCUCCAUUCACUUCGCUGAGGGCGCCGACAUCAACGGGGUCCUCGACCAGGCCGAGACCACAUACCCGUGGCUGCUGCAGCAGGGCGCCAAGUUCGUUGCCAAGCCGGAUCAGCUCAUCAAGCGCCGCGGCAAGAGCGGCCUCCUGGCUCUCAACAAGACCUGGGCCGAGGCGAGAGCGUGGAUUGCUGAGCGCGCCGGCAAGGUGCAGAAGGUCGAGCACACCGAGGGUGUUCUCCGGCAAUUCCUCGUCGAGCCCUUCGUGCCGCACCCCCCCAACACCGAGUACUACAUCAACAUCAAUUCGGUCCGCGACGGCGACUGGAUUCUGUUCACCCACGAGGGUGGUGUCGAUGUCGGCGAUGUCGAUGCGAAGGCGGAGAAGCUCCUGAUUCCCGUUGACCUGACAGAAUAUCCCUCCAACGAGGAGAUCGCUGCCGCUCUCUUGAAGAAUGUGCCCAAGGGUCUCCACAAUGUCCUGGUUGACUUCAUCACUCGGCUCUAUGCUGUCUACGUCGACUGCCAGUUCACAUACCUCGAGAUCAACCCGCUGGUUGUGAUCCCCAACGAGGAUGGCACCUCCGCGUCGGUCCACUUUCUCGAUCUGGCUGCGAAGCUGGAUCAAACAGCAGACUUCGAGUGCGGUGUGAAGUGGGCGAUCGCGAGGUCGCCCGCCGCUCUGGGCAUCAACGCCCCGCCGACGACCAACAACGGCGUCAACAUCGACGCCGGCCCGCCGAUCGUGUUCCCCGCUCCGUUCGGCCGUGAGCUCUCCAAGGAGGAAGCUUACAUUGCCGAGCUUGAUGCGAAGACGGGAGCCUCGCUCAAGCUGACGGUCCUGAACCCCAACGGCCGGAUCUGGACCCUGGUGGCUGGUGGUGGCGCGUCUGUGGUCUACGCGGACGCUAUCGCCUCGGCCGGUUUCGCCGACGAGCUGGCCAACUACGGCGAGUACUCCGGCGCUCCGACCGAGUCUCAGACGUACCACUACGCGAGGACGGUGCUCGACCUGAUGCUGCGGGCGCCGAUGAGCCCCAAGGGCAAGGUCCUGUUCAUCGGCGGCGGCAUCGCCAACUUCACCAACGUGGCGAGCACGUUCAAGGGCGUCAUCAAGGCGCUCCGCGAGUACGCCAAGGCGCUCAACGAGCACAACGUCCAGAUCUGGGUCCGCCGUGCCGGCCCUAACUACCAGGAGGGUCUCAAGAACAUGAAGGCGGCGACGCAGGAGCUCGGCCUCAACGCCAAGAUCUUCGGCCCCGAGAUGCACGUGAGCGGCAUUGUGCCGCUGGCGCUGAUCCCGGGCAAGUGGGAGGAGAGCAAGGCGGAGGAGUUCAAGGGUUAGACGGGUACCUAUGUGUGAGAAGGUACAGGGGAGCGGGUGCUAUUCGCAUUGCCGGCUGAUGAAUUUCGGUUGCGGCGCAUCUUAUAUCACGGGAGAGGACCCGAUAGAAAGUAUAAUAAACCGUGUUGUUGUGUGU